UCAAAUUGUACUGUGUAAUGGUGAGGAGAGAUUAAUAAGAAAGAGAGGGCUUGGACAUUAGCCUAAAAAGUCCCGUGGUUUUCUCCCUUUCGGGUUUUCACGUAAAAACUGAGUGUUCAUACAUAUAUUUAUUAUAUCGUGUUGGAUUAAACUCAACACUGGCGCCGUCUGUGGGAAUCUUGUUCAAAAAGAUUCAUGUUGUUCUUCACUGCUAAGAAAAGUUUCAUACUGGGAAGCUACUGAUCCGAGCGAAGGAAAAAGGAAAGAAGCUAGGGAAUCUGGAGUUCAGAUCUGGAUUCUUCCAUAUCUGGGUUGGAGUUGACGGAGCCACCAUCACCGUCUCUGCCGCCGUGGAACCUCCGCAAAAGAAGGAUAAACAAGGCCAGUAGUGUGGCCGCCGUUUCAGAGGACUACCGCCUUACAAAGCUCAGCUCCUCAGUCUGAAUGGCGACACCGCCGGAUGCCGUUUGCCGUUAGCUUCCCCCUCCUCGUCUGAACGCCUGAGCAGUGGGCCCUGCCACCUCGCCAGACCAUGUCUUGUCCUUCUGUCGAAGCUCGGCAUCGAACUGAAGCUUCCGCCAUUAAUGGUUUCUUGCUUAAAUCCGGGCAGCAAUGCGGGAUGAGGACGUGGGAUGGCUGAACCGUGAAAGGCCCGAGCAAGGCCGAGAGGUUUGUGGAGUAUUUUGACUGAGUCAAAAUUGCAACUAUGACUGAGACAGCUUGUAGGCUAGCAGAAAUUGAAUGGUUCGGAGGAGGUGGCGUAGAGCCGAUAGAGAGGUACAGCCUUGGAGCCAUCUACGAAUGGCCAAGUUGGGGGUUAUGGUGGGCCAAGCCAGAGUGUACUAAUUAAAGCUACAUGCUCAAUUCAGCACGUCCCAAUUCGAGCAACAUGCUCAAUUCCACCAGGAUGCAAAAGCUAAGUAACACUUGGCCUUUCUCAUUUAUUACUCUGUUAAAGUGUUAAAGCUUAAAAGUGUUAAAAUAUUAGUAUUGCUAGUAUUUUUAUCACUGUAUUUAUUAGGGAUUAAAACUCCCAAAAUUAAAUAAUGAGAGCGAUGCUCUAAGUGAUAAUUAGUUUCACCGUCAUUUAAAUUUAAUGACUGGUUGUUGUGAGCCUGUGGACCCACUCCUGUUUGGCUUUAAUUAGCAAACGGAGCGUGUCUGAAUGACCUGUGAUAGGAUAAUAUCAGUAUUAUUGCCUGUUACAUCACUAUUAUUUGUUAGGGAUAAAAAUGUCCCGAACUAAAAUAAUGUGGAGCGAAGCUCUAGUGAUAGUGAGUUCGGCCAACAUUUUAUUAAAUGUUUAAUUGUUGGUGGGCCCGAUUAGCCCAUUCUCGAUCGGCUUUGAUUAGCGAUCUGAGCGUCUCCAGAGGGUAGUGCCCCGAUGAUGCAUUUUAAUUUGGGGGUUACGCAUUAGUCUGCACGGCACCAAGUGCCCGAGCGACGACCGUACCCCAGAACCAUCUGCACCACUAGGCGACGUGACUGUGCCAAACGCGGCCUGUGGGGCCCGAGGGCACCGAAGCGCUCAACCUCGUUUUUCGAGGGUAGUGCGACAAGCGUGGGUCUGAGUUCUCAAACUCACAGACCAAUGAGUAUUUUUAUGAGACGUUCGGCAGGCUGCUAAGUGGCCCCGCCACGAGCUGCAACGUUCAGUAACCCCGCACGACGAGCCGGGCCGAGGGUCACAAUAACCCGUGGGCCUAGCAAUCGUGAGUGUUUAAAAGAAGAAAGCCACACAGAUGGCUAUGUAUAUAUAUUUUCGGGCCGUGCGGCCCGUUAUCAUGCUUAUUGCGCAGCUGAAGCCACUCGACGCGCUCGAGCGAAAUGAUUAAAAGACGCUCGGCCCGAGUCUUGAAGACGUUCAGGGCCAGCUAAAGAGGGGACCACCACGGUUGAGGACCGUGAGACGAGCAUCUCCACCCCAGAGACCGAUGGCCUAGGAGAGAACACCUAGAGGCCGAGGGUCUAGAGUGGACUACCACGGCGGAGGACCGUGAGACGAUCAUCCAUCAUUCAGAGGCCGAGGGCCUAGAAGAGACCAUCACGGCCGAGGGCCGUGAGACCAUCUUGAUUCUUGCAGGUCGGCCCCUCAUUGCCGACACUGUCACAUCAUGUUCGGCCUCUCAUCGCCGACAUCAUCAUACCACGACCGGCCUCUCGGCUCGGCGUGCUUAUCUUUUGAGGACCGGCCUCGUCCCCGCCACCUCGCGGACGAGGACCGUUGUUCGAUUCUUUCAGGUCGGCCUCUCACUGCCGACACUAUCAUGUUAUGUUCGGCCUCUCGGCACGACAUAUUUAUCUUUUGAAGACCGGUUUCAUCCCCGCGCUGCGUUGGAUGAGAGCCGUUGCUCGGAUAUAUCGGCCUGACCGGACACUAUUGCCAUCUCCAUUAUCAGGACUGACUGCUCAGUGACAUUAUGAUCAUUGUAUAUCGGCUCCCAAUGCCGACCUUCUUGAGUUAGCGACCGGGCUCACCCCUCCCUUCAGGAGGGUGACCAUUGCCUUCGCAUGACGACCAGCAUUUCCAUCGCCUCGUCAUUCUAUUCAUUUUGAUAUCCCACCACCAUUAUGUGUGACAUCACUUGUGGUUAUUCUUGGAACCGACGAACGUAUUUUCCUCCCUCAAAAAAAAAAAAAAGAUGGGGAGAAGGGGAGACGAGAUCCUAUGAGAGAGGGAGUCUUGACGAGGUAUGCCAGAUCUUCCUUCGCCGCGUAUGACGAACGUCUCCCGACGCGGAGGCCAGUAGGAACGUGGGGGGGGGGGGGGGGGGCUAGACGAACCAAAGGGAACCUCGGCAAGAUAAACCAGUUCCUCCCAUGACCCGUGGAUCGACGAACACCUUCUGCUGAAGCAGAGGGCCAGUAGGGCCACGAGCGUGGGGCGACGAAGCAGGGAACCCGCGAUAGGGUAAACCAGUUCCUCCUUGCGAUCGGUGAAUGACCGAACGUCUUCUUCGAGGGAAGAAGGUUAGUAGGAUCACGACAGGGACGAACGAAGAAACGGGAACCCUGACAGGGUGUACCGGUUCCUCCCCCUUAUGGACGGAUGACGAACGUCUUCUGCGAAGCCAGAAGACUAGUAACUCACGACUGGGGACGAACAGAGACAGGGAAUCCCGACGUGGAUAAACCUGUUUCUUCUCAUAGUUGGGAUGACGAACGUCUCCUGCGAAACCAGGAGACCAGUAACUCACGAGACUUGGGAAGAACGAAGAUCGGCUCCAUGGAUCAGACACGGAGGACCAGUUCUUUACCGAAGUCUGUUGCGUGCCGAGUGUACACCGCUUAGCGGUCCAUACAUAGGACCACGGAUACGGUAGACGAACGAAGACCGGCUCCAUGGAUCAGACACGGAGGACCAGUUCUUUACCGGAGUCUGUUGCGUGCCGAGUGUACACCGCUUAGCGGUCCAUACAUAGGACCACGGAUACGGUAGACGAACGAAGACCAGCUCCAUGGAUCAGACACGAAGAACCAGUUCUUUACCGGAGUCUGUUGUGUGCCGAGUGUACACCGCUUAGCGGUCCAUACAUAGGACCACGGAUACGGUAGACGAACGAAGACCAGCUCCAUGGAUCAGACACGAAGGACCAGUUCUCCACCAGAGUCUGUUGCGUACCGAGUGUACACCGCUUAGCGGUCCGUACAUAGGACCACGGAUACGGUAGACGAACGACGAUUAGCUCCCCAGAUCAGGUAGGAGGGACAUCGCCCAGAUGUAUUUCAGGCUCACCAUUCCUUCCCGGAUGGAGUUCUGACAGACGAUCGGCUUCUCACAGCCAAUCAGGAGAGAGACUUGACACAUCACCAGCACGGCCGAGGGCCGUGAGACGAUUACCACUCACCGACAGGCCGAGGGCCAUGAGAUGAUCAUCACUAUUUUUCUGUAUCACGAUCGGCCCCUCAGCGCCAUCGUGUCCAGAUUCACGGUCCGGCUCGCCCAUUCCCUCCAGGAUGGCGACGACCGUCUUAUGCAGUACGAUCGGCCCCUCAGCGCCAUCGUACCCAGCUCACGUUCAGCUCGUCCAUCCCUUCCAGGGUGGCGAUGAACGUCUUAUGCAUCACGAUCGGCCACUCAGCGCCAUCGUGUCCAGACUCACGGUUCGGCUCGCCCAUUCCCUCCAGGAUGGCGACAACCGUCUUAUGCAGUACGAUCGGCCCCUCAACGCCAUCGUACCCAGCUCACGUUCAGCUCGGCCAUCCCUUCCAGGGUGGCGACGAACGUCUUAUGCAUCACGAUCGGCCCCUCAGCGCCAUCGUGUCCAGACUCACGGUUCGACUCGCCCAUUCCCUCCAGGAUGGCGACGACCGUCUUAUGCAGUACGAUCGGCCCCUCAGCGCCAUCGUACCCAGCUCACGUUCGGCUCGUCCAUCCCUUCCAGGGUGGCGACGAACGUCUUAUGCAUCACGAUCGGCCCCUCAGCGCCAUCGUGUCCAGACUCACGGUUCGGCUCGCCCAUUCCCUCCAGGAUGGCGACGACCGUCUUAUACAGUACGAUCGGCCCCUCAGCGCCAUCGUACCCAGCUCACGUUCGGCUCGCCCAUUCCCUUCCAGGAUGGCGACGAACGUCUUUAUGCAGCACGAUCGGCCUCUCAGCACCAUCGUGUCUGGCUCAUGUUCGGCUCGCCCAUUCCCUUUCAGGAUGGCGACGAACGUCUUUAUGCAGCACGAUCGGCCUCUCAGCACCAUCGUGUCUGGCUCAUGUUCGGCUCGCCCAUUCCCUUCCAGGAUGGCGACGAACGUCUUUAUGCAGCACGAUCGGCCCCUCAGCGCCAUCGUGUCCGGAUUCACGGUUCGGCUCGCCCAUUCCCUCCAGGAUGGCGACGACCGUCUCAUAUGCAGCACGAUCAGCGCCUCUGUGCCAUCGUGUCUGGCUCAUGUUCGGCUCGCCCAUCCCUUCCAGGAUGGCGACGGACAUCUCUUAUGCAGCACAAUCGGCCCCUCCGUGCCAUUGUGUCAAGUUCAUCUUCGGAUCGCCCAUUCUUUCUAGGAUGGCGAUGACCGUCUUAUACAGCACGUCUGCCUCUCGGCGCUGACAUGCCCAAUUUAUCGAUGAGAGCCACCGCUUUCUAUCACAUCUUGCAUUCCUUCUCUCAUACAUUGCACCCAUACAUUACAUGCAUUCAUGCAUUCAUGCAUCAUACCUCAUACAUUCAUACAUACACACGUGCAUCAUGUUUUGGCAGUACCGCGACGUCGGUUUAUAGAUGCAUGGACCUCUAAGCUUCUCCGAUUGGAAAGCUCGAGUCAGAGUCCUUUACUCCCACCUGAUGCAUUCAGGGGGAGUGUGCCCGUGGAGGAGCACCCUUCGCCCGACCCCGUCGGGAAGGGGGGUGCCUCACCGGCAGAUUACGUUCAGGAGUGCAGACACUCACUCAUAUAUUAUGAUUAUGUGAAGACACAGUUUCCAGCAAGACAGAGGAAGAGCGCAGGCAGAGUAUAUUUUCUCGAGCAGAUUCGCGAGCUCACUACUCAAGAAACUGGGGGACUUGUGUUGGGAUAUAUUAUCCCGGCCUAUUACUGUUCAGGAGUCCAAGGCUUCACGUGGUACGAAGCCCAAUCAGUAAGGCCCAUUUUAGCCCACCAGGCCCGAUAUCGGCCCGUUUGGCCCAUUAGGGUGGAGAGCCCCUUCUCCCCUUCUCCUAUAAAUAAGGAGCUUAGCCUCCAUGUAAAGGAUCUUUUUCCUUCUUCCUUUAGCUCUCUAGAUUAGAUGAUACUCCAUGAAUGGGAGCUCAAAUUGUACUGUGUAAUGGUGAGGAGAGAUUAAUGAGAAAGAGAGGGCUUGGACAUUAGCCUAAAAAGUCCCGUGGUUUUCUCCCUUUCGGGUUUCCACGUAAAAACUGAGUGUUCAUACAUAUAUUUAUUAUAUCGUGUUGGAUUAAACUCAACAAAGUUAUAUAGUUAUUUGAUGGACAGUGUACCCGGGGAUAGCUUAUCCGAGAGGUUAUUAUGAGAAUAACCUAGAGAGAAGUCAGAGCAAGCAAGUAAGAGAGAGAGUCGUUUAUAUCAAUGAACUCGAGAUGUUCUCCCUUUACAAGAGGAAUAAGGGCUGCUAUUUAUAGCAGCAAUAAAUGUGAUGAGAGUACACGUGUCAGUAAUCUAACGGUCGAGGGGUCACCUCAAUCGGGGUGGCACCAGCACUCGCAUGUGCACCACAUUAAAUGCGGUGGUUGGACGUGACGCCGCAUUAAAUGCGGUGGUUGCUUGUCUCGAAAGGGAAUCUUCGAUGAUUGAUCUGUUAGCCGAAGGCUUCCCCUGCGGCCGAGGGUUCUGUGUAGUCGAAGGCUCCCUGAUGCUGAGGGCACGGAAGUGCCGAAGGCUCUUGAUUUCUGCCAUUUUCUCUCAGUAGCUUCGUAUGCUCGAAUCUGGCUGCCCUGUGAGUUUUGGAGCCUUCGGCCAUACUGCCGAAGGCUACCCUAGGCGCAUUGUGGGCUUCUUUGAGCUUGGGCCGCUGUGCUUCGGGCUUCAUGCGCUUCUUGGGCCUGUUGGGCCUAUGUUGGAGUAGCAGGAGUCUGUGGGUCGGGGGUUCCCGGGCCAUAUACUCCAUCAGGAGUCCCCCACUCCUUUUGUCGAGAGGUACUUGAGGGAAAAAGAGUAACUGGGGUGAUUCUCCCGAAGGCUUCCUUGUUUGAUGGCGCGCCUUAACUGAUCCCUUGUUCUCUGCUUUGCCGAGGGCAUCCCCUCAGUCCCCCACAUGUCGGGAGCUGAGGGCUUCCUGGAUGGAAGUGUUCGCAAGUGUGCAUCUCCCGUUGGUGCAUCUCACUGUUGGUCCAAGGGGGGAGUCAACGAUUUGUCACGUUGUUUUAUUCCUGAAGGGUGCAAUGAUAACGUGCACCCUGAGGGGUUUCAUUUUUGAGGGUACCUGGAAGCUGCCUUGGCACUUGUAUAUUUUUGUUUCGCACAUGUCAAUUUUUCGUUUUGUGUUGUUCCCGAGGGGUAUAUCCCAGUCCCCCACUCCUUUAAGCCGAAAGCUAUUCGGGCUGAAGGAGUUUUAUUGUGAUGUAAUAACCCGGGGGCAUUUCGGAUGAGGGGUUGCUGAUAUGUGAUGAGCCGGAGGGUUCCCCUGAGGGCACAACGUGUUCCUUGAAAUAUAGCCAUUGGAACAUGACCGUUGGAGGAGGGGCCCACGUGGCAUGCACCCGCUGGUUGAAGGGGGGCGGUUGCCACCCAUUGGUUGACGCGGCGGCCCGUAAUGAUGGGCUUUCAAACCGAGGCCCAUAUUUCGAUGCUGGGGAGCCUAUAUAUACCCUAAGGCCGAGCUCCAUUUCCCUUGUGCGUUUUGUUGUGAAGCGAAGCUCUGCCAAUUUUUCUAGAGAGAGAAAGCAAUCCCCUCGAUCAAACCGAGCUUCUAAGGUCAGUUCCUCACAUGUUCUUGAGUUUCUUAGCAUAGUUUGCUUCCCUGGCCUUAGAUCUAGUGUUUAGAGAUCCUAGGAAGCCUUCUUCCCUCAAACUUCCCAACCUAGUAGCCGAAAGAUGUCUUCAGCAAGUGACUCCCAAAACAUAUCGAGGGAGGCCCUGACAAAAUCCGAGAGCAUUUCGGAUGUGGAGUCGUCGAGCGAGCAUCCCUCGGCUCAUGGCGAUUCUGCUGUGGCUGAAGAAAUCCAGAACAACCUACGGACGGAAAUGGAAGCAGAGGACUUCGAGCAGGUAGCCGAAGAUGAAGAGAUGGCCCUCGCUCUCCAAGUUGCCGAGGAGGAGGAGGAGAAAGAACGCCUUCAGGUGACGAUUGCCAUCCCUUUGGCUGUAGCUGAUGGAGUUGGAACUUCAAGACCCCUUAGCCCCGAUCCUCUCAGAGCUGCACUCCCGGCGAAGAACAAGAAGAAGACGAAAGCUCCCCAGAAAAAGAAACAUAGUGUGGCGGACUGUGGGAAGCCCGUGGGAAUACCCGAGGGGCAUUCAUGGUUGAAUACUGCUGCCCUUGCGCUGAAGUCGAGGGCUGAUCAGGCGGAGUGCUACGUUACUCAACUCCAUGUGGGGCCUUCGGCGACAGUGAUAGAAUCGGGCUCCAAUGACCUUCUGUCCCAGGCUCCCGAGGGGUGCUUUGCGGUCCACGUGCUGUCUGUCGCGAUGGGCCUUCGGUUUCCGCUGCAUCCUUUUCUCCUCGAGUACCUUAGGUACGUAGGUUUAGCCCCCUGCCAGCUCACCCCAAAUAGUCACUCCCACAUUAUUGGCUUCCUACAUCUCUGCCGGUCUCGGGGGGGCACUCCCAGCCUUGACCUCUUCUUCCAGAGUUUCAACCUCUGCCGGGGCGGCCAUACAAAUUUCGAGGUGUUCGCAAACCUGCAGCAGAUCGCCCCGUGGAGGCUUUUUGACGAUGUGCCCUCAUCCCACAAGGGCUGGAAAGAUCGCUUCUGCUACGUCAAGAUGGCGGAAAAUCCAUUCCCGAGGGAGUUGCGCAACCAUUUCAGGCGGCACCCGAAGGUGGGGAGUGCUGCCCUCGAGAAGGAGGGAAAGAAAAUAUUUGCUCUUCCGGAGGGGGCCACAAAGCAUGUGACAGUCAAGGACUCGACCCUCCCGGAUGACCUGUUCAGAUUGGGCUUCCGGCGCUACCGCUUUCUGGGUGAACGGGACGAGAAGUACCCCGUCCUUGAUCGAGUCGUCGGGAGCAUAUGAGGUAGUUUCCGAAGGCUCCGCUUUGUUGUACUUAGGAUUUUUGCAUUUCCUUUCUGUUUUUGUAGUUGAUCCCCUCAGUCUAAUAAUCGUUGUUGUCUUGCAGGUGCCAGCAUGGAUGUUUCAAACUUCGUCGCUCUAAAGAAGAAAUUGGCCAAGGAGCCUAAGAAGAAGAAGGGGACGGGGAUUCAAAAACCCGUUGAUGAUUUCUUCAAGAAGGAUGGGGCUGCUCAGGUCCCGGAGGGUGAGGGACCCUCCAAGCCUGUUGAUGCCGGCGCUGAUGCCGGGGGCUCUAAGGCGGAGCUCAAGAGAAAAAAUGCCGGGAAGGGCGUGGUGCCUCCGGAGAAAAAGAAGAGAAAUGGGGGUGCUGAGAAGAAGGAUGCCCCCAUUGUCGUUGCUGAGGAACAAUCUUCCUCUUCCCCUCCGGCCAUGGCGAAUGUUCCUCCUCCUUCCCGGGACCAGGUUAACGAUUUGUCCUGGCCCCGGGACAAUGUGCAAUUCUCUAUCACCAAGGGAACAACCAUCAUGCACGGCACCCUCAACCCGAGGGAGUUCCUGAGGGGUGCUACUCCCCCGACGGACAAGUCGGUGUUAUCCAGGGUCAAGGAUGAUGCCCUCGGUGCCAAAGUGCUUCAGGCCUCCGUCACUGCUGCCCUCAGACUCAGCGAACUGCUUCAGAGGAUGGAGCAAUCUCAGGCCCAGAAGCUGCAAGCCGAUGAAGCCUUGGCUGAAUCGCGGAGGCAGCUUCAGGAGGUUCAAGAAACCCUCUGGUUGGAGAAGGAGGCUUUUAAUAAGAUUCUUGAAAACUCCAAAACGGUGGCCAGAGCCGAAGGCAGGGCCGAAGGCAAGGCCGAAGCCGAGAAGGCCGCAACCGAAGCCGCUAAAAAGGCUGCUGAGGGAGCCGAGGUUGCUAAGGAAGAGGCGGUCACGCAAGCCAAGAAGGACGCCGUUGUUGCUUUCACCGCCGAGGGGUGGAAGACUGAGGAGCAUAAGCAGUGGCUGGCUUCAGUGAUGGAAGCCUCGGUGGACGAAUGGGUGAAGGGUCCGGGCGCUAUGUGGCUAGCCCAAAAGGGCAAGGACUACUACGACGGUGGCGAGUUUUUUACUCAAAACCUUAUCUACCGGAGGCUAGCCCGACAUCUCAAGAUUGAGCCGAAGGAGUUCGACCCGGCGGCAUAUGGCCUUCCUCCUCUGCAGCCGGAUGUUAGAAUUCCCCUUCCCUCGGGUGAAGAGAGACCGAACCUGAAAGACUCCGAACUCAUGCAGGAGGGUAAUGAGGAGGAGACUGGGGAAGAUGCUGCCUCCAAGCCGGAGGGAGGGGAUGAUGCCCAAUUAGCUGAAACUUAGGAUUUUUUCUUAGUUUUUUCUUUUGUAGUGGUGUAGCAGUUUCCGGCCUUGGCCAUUUUGUAAUCAAACAAUCUACCUUGAAUACUUGAUGAAUGAAUGGUGCGCCUUCGGGCUUUCUGAUAUGAAUGC